AUGGCGAAGGAAGGGCAAAACCUACUGAGCAUUCCAAAAUUUGACGGUGAUUACGAUCACUGGAGUAUGCUGAUGGAAAAUCUACUUCAAUCAAAAGAGUGGUGGCAUCUCAUUGAUCCAGGUUACAGUGAACCAGAGGCAGGGGUAGAACAAACCGAAGCACAAGUAGCUGUGAGAGCAGAUCUAAAACUAAAAGAUUUGAAGGUCAAAAAUUACUUAUUCGCAGCCAUCGACAAGAGCAUUUUGAAGACAAUCCUUCGGAAGGAGACUGCUCAACAACUAUGGGAUUCAAUGAAGAGGAAGUAUCAAGGAAGUAAAGGGUGCAGAAAUCACAACUGCAAGCUCUUCGAAGGGAGUUUGAGGUCUUGGAGAUGA